CUGUGCUCGCCGAGCUCAAGAAUGGGUUCAGUCCGCGCGCACAGCACACACACUGACAUCUCCCAGCGCGAGCGGAGCGCGGCAAUUUAAUGACGGCAUAAUCUGAUGAAGUAGCAACAAUCGAGAGGGAAAGUGGAUCUUCAUGCGCACAUUCCCAGGAAUAUUCCAGCUGGCUUCAGGAUGAAGACACCGAUGCGUCAUGGAGUUGCCGUUUUUCUCGCCAUCACCAUGUGCACCAGUCUGUUGUUCGUGUACAGCGUCAGCUACAGUAAUAAUACUACAGCAUCCAGCGCGUCUAAGGGCGCGUCAGGUGAGAAAGUGGAGCCCACCAGUGCGCCGCGCGCGCCUCCAGCACUGCAGGGAUACAGCAGCAUCAUUGAGCACAAGCCUCUGAAGAUGCACUGCAGGAGCUGCGCGCUGGUCACCAGCUCGGGUCAUCUAACCGGCGGGGGUCGUGGAAAAGAGAUCGAUCAGGCGGAGUGCGUCAUCCGAAUGAACGAUGCGCCCACAGCCCGUGGCUACGGGGUGGACGUGGGUCACCGCACGAACCUAAGGGUCAUCGCUCAUUCCAGCAUGCAGAGAGUCCUGCGCAGCCGCCACGAACUCCUCAACUCCAGUCAGGACACGGUCUUCAUCUUCUGGGGACCCAGCAGUUACAUGAGACGGGACGGGAAAGGGCUGGUUUAUAACAACCUGCGGCUCAUGAACCAAGUGCUGCCCAAACUCAAGGUCUACAUCAUCUCCUGGCAGAAAAUGCUCCAGUUUGAUGAGAUAUUCAAGAGAGAGACCGGCAAAGACAGGAGAAUCUCUAACUCGUGGUUAAGCACAGGCUGGUUCACAAUGACUAUUGCCUUAGAGCUGUGUGACAGAAUCAAUGUUUAUGGGAUGGUGCCUCCAGAUUUCUGUAGGGAGUCCCAGCACCACUCUGUCCCGUAUCACUACUACGAGCCCACGGGCCCGGACGAAUGUGCCAUGUACAUCUCCCACGAGCGAGGCCGUCGAGGCAGCCACCAUCGCUUCAUCACGGAGAAGCGGGUCUUUGCGAACUGGGCUCGGACAUUCAACAUCCAUUUCUACCAGCCGGACUGGAGUCCACCGCCGUUACCGAGAAAUCACACGGCAACGACAGCGUUGCCCCGAUCGCAGAAGACGUGACUCUUACCAGAGCCUUCCAAAGAUCUCAAACUGCCUCAAACGGAUCACUGGCUAAUUCCUGUUGCCAUGUGGAUGGAGCUUUACCUAUCGGGUUGGCUUGGAGAGAACCUAUUCUUUUGCACAUUCAUUGUUUUGUUUUUUUUAAGGUAUGAAAAGCAUUCCAGCAAUCUGUACUCAUUCAUAUUCAUCAGAAAUCCUUAUCAGCAAUGUAUUGAGUAUCACUGGGAGACCUUGGUUUUAUACAGUGUGAAAGAAAAAGAAAAAGGAUGGCGGAUCCAAGAGCUCUGGAGAGACGAGGAUCAGCUUGCAACAAAAUGUGCGCUAAAGUCAAUGUAAAAGCAUUGUCAUUUUUUUUUUUGUUCCAUAAUUCAAUGAGAGAACAAAACAGUGCAACUUCAUUUAAUCCAGGCCCAGAGCAACAUGGUGUUGGCCCAGAUCCAGCCCACAUCUGGCACGUGCGGCGAUUCCCCACGGCUCAGAUGUGGGCCGGAUCUGGGCCAACACCAUGUUGCUGUGUGGGGUUGCAAUUGAUUUGACUGUGAAACAUGGUUUCUAUGUGACAGAUGGAGGUGGUUUGUGACGGGUUUUUUUGUUUGUUUGUUUUUAUGAAUUUUUUAUUAUGAUUACCAUUUUUACAAAUUUGGAAUAAUUUGAAGUGAUAAAUUCAUAAUGAGACCUCAAAGUGCUCUAAGGGGUCGUUUACACGACACCGUUUUCAACUUAAAACGGAAAACUUUUUAUGCGUUUUGACCAUUCAUUUACACGACAAUGGCGUAUUGCGGGCCUGAAAAUGUAAACUUUUGAAAACGGUUUUUGAAAAUACCAUUAUCGUCUCUGUGUAAACUACAAAAACACAGUUUUUCUUUACAAAGUAACAUCGCCAACUAGUGGUCUGGCAGCAGAAUACAGCGUUUUUAGUCGUUUAUAAGGAUCCGUAGGAAUGGAGAUGGUUUUGACUAUCUAUCUAUCUAUCUAUCUAUCUAUCUAUCUAUCUAUCUAUCUAUCUAUCUAUCUAUCUAUCUAUCUAUC